UCAUCUCACAACCCGUCACAAGAAAACUCACUCGAUAUAUUCCAUAAAGCACAGCACACUGUGUUUUUUACUACAGCUAAAAUAAAUACUAAAACUAGAUUAAAAACAUGAUCAGUUUUUGGACCAUAACAAUCUAUUUCAAUCUAAACUUAAUAACAUUUGAACCAAAUGAAUUGAAUUCUUUUUAUUUAUUAUAACUGAUCCACUACACCGUGUAUAUGUUACAUUAAUGCUAUGUGUCUAAUCCACACCAAAAUUAGCUUUUUUUGCUGCCUUCACAAAUCCACUUUUUAAAAAUGUUUUUUUACCUUUUUCAAUAGGUUAAUAAAAAAUGUAUCUAAAUGUGUAAAAAUAUACGUUGUUGCCAUAAUGACUUGAGCAUAUAUUUUGUUCCAGUGUGUCAUCUGCAGAUCCUGAGAGAGGGUCAGUGUUUUAAAACGAUAUAAAACGAGAAGUUGGCUUUGAAUAUGUUAAACAUUGUUCAGGGUCAUAUCGUAGCACUAUUAAAUCUCACUACUUUACAUAUUCUGUGUUUUAGAGAAGGUUAAGUCAAGUCCAUUUGAAUUUGAUAGCAUUUUUCUCAAUUUCAUUGUUGCAAAGCAGCUUUACUGUACAUACGUUACAUUUAAAAAAGAAUAAGAGGAAUAGACGAAUAAAAAAAUACAAUUCAAUUACAUUACGUUUACGCAUUUGGCAGACGCUUUUAUCCAAAGCCACUUACAUUGCAUUCUACUCUACUUUUUUUAAAAGAACAAAAUAUAAGACAGUAUGUGGUAUUAAAACACCUGGUUUUCACCAUGCAAGGUGCAUUAAUGAAAUGCAACUGAAACAAAUACUACGCUGGAUUAGAAACUGUAAAUUGUUCAAUUGAAGUAUAUUAUUAUUCAAGCUUUUUAUAUGUCAGAUACACAGUUAUAUAGAGAACAUGAAGAGUUUUUGUGACAUUUUUCAAAAAUCAUGUUUUUCUUGCGUUAGUUAGCUGUAUUUUCGGAGUUAUUAUGGCUUAAAUCUAAACAAACCGACUGCAGUUUGAUAGAUAUGAAUUGGAAUGCACAAUAAAAAAACAUGAUUUUUGAAAAAAAAAUGAAAACGGAGUAUUCUCAUUUUAGAACCAAACCCCAUCUUCAUAAAUAACUGUGUAUGUGACAAAUAAAAAUGGAUCUUGGAUCUAUGAUUGGAAGGUAAAUUGACUCUCAAACUCAGACUCAUAGUCACGUCUUCUGUGUGCCGUGUUUCAUGCGAGUCAUGUGACAGUGAAGCAACCGUCAGCGCUCGACGUGUCUCAGAAGUUCAUUGCCCUUCCACUCUCUUCCGGUUGGCGUUUGUCCCGCUAGUAAGUCUGUGACAAUAGCGGUCAUAUAAGUGAAUACCUGCAGAGUCCUUGGAUGCUUGGUACAGCCUGGUGCAACGACUAUACGCUGGAGAUAACAUCACCUCACCUAAAAUACAUCUCGGCUACCUUAUCACCAUUGCUUGUUUAUCUGACACACGGAGUGGGUCAAGGUUCAGAAGUUCAACCCGCUGUGAGCUCGUUAUAAAUAGGAGCUCCUUUCAGAUACGGUGAGUGUCUCAGCGCUUCGGACCACACGUGUCGCGCACCGUCAUGGAUUCUGAAUGUCACUGCUGUGGCGACUACAGUAAAGGACAGUCGAACGCCAUCCUCUUCAACAUCCUCAGCCGCCCCGAACCGAGCGCGCCCAACUACGGCCGGGUUCCUCACGCCUGCCGCUGCGACACGCGCAGGAAAGUGUGUUUGAGAACGCCCGACGACACGUGCCGGGUGGCGUCGAGCGUGCUGGUCAAGACCAUGCACUUCAUGAGGAGUUUGCCUGCGUUUCAACAGCUGCCGCCCAAAGACCAGCUGUCUCUGCUGCAGAACUGCUGGACGCCACUCUUCAUUCUGGGUCUGGCUCAGGACGGGGUCCGCUUCGCCAUCCACGACGCUCCAGCAGCCAGCAUGCUGAAACAGAUUCUCCUCAACCGCCCGGAGACGGACAGGUCGGAGCGCGAGCAGCCCACCCUGGGCGGCGUGCAAACUCUUAAAGCGUGUCUGAAGAAGUUCAGGAGUCUGGAUUUGAGCCCUAAGGAGUACGCUUACUUAAAAGGCACCAUCAUAUUCAACCCUGAUGUGCCGGGUCUGAAGGCGUCUCUGUUUGUGGAGGGUCUGCAGUAUGAAGCUCAACAGGCUCUGAAGGAGGUCUUGGUUCCUCCUCAUCCAGAAGACACGGGCCGAUUCGCCCGCAUCCUCCUAGCCGCGUCCACGCUGAAGGUCAUCACACCCGCGCUCGUCACAGAACUGUUCUUCAGGCCCGUCAUCGGUCAGGCGGAACUUCUGGAUCUCUUGAUGGAUAUGCUGUUCACCAGGUAGUGACCUUCAACAGAACAUUCAGCACCUUGCGAAGGGGUUACAUCUGAAAUAUGAUUCCAGAAGUUACAGGUUCCGUCAUUGUUUACACACUUGAAUGAAAUCACUGCAUCUUUCUGACGCGCCGUAUAGGUCACAAGUGUGUGAUUUAUUUCUUUGUGUUGUUGUUUUUGCUGGCUGUGUUAGAAGCACACUUGUUGUUCUUUAAGUACAGGAUGGAGUUUUUCUUGUAGAUGAAUACCUCUGUAUGUGCUGGAGCUGUGUAUUAUGUCUCUGUGAGAAAUCAACAUAUCAAUGUUUUUUGUAUGUUCAUCAUUAUUAAACCUAUUUUUACACUAGUUUUGGUGUGUUUGGUUUUGCGUUCAUGUCAUG